UUUUCUUGCUUUUUUUUUUUUUUUUAAAGAGAUGGGAAUCUUGUUGCUACCCAGGCUGGAGUGCACUGGCUCGAUCAUUGCUCGCUGCAGCCUUGGACUCCGGGGGGGCUCAAGCAAUUCUCCCACCUUAGCCUCCUGGUAGCUGAGACCACAGAUGCAAGCCACCACAUCUGGAGGAUUUUUGUAUUUGUUGUAGAGAUGAGGUCUUGCCAUGUUGCCAAGGCUGAUCUCUAACUUCUGCCCUUAAGGUAUCCUCCCAUCUUGGCCUCCCAAAGUGCUGGGAUUACAGGCGUGAUCCACUGUGUCUAGCAAAAAUAACUUUAAAAUUCUGUUCAGAUUAUGAACAGCUGAACAGUAGUAGCAACUGAUGGCUUUUUUGUUAGCUUAAUAAAUGGAUAAAGAAAUAGAUUGGUAGGUUUUUCUUUUAGAAAAAGUUUAUAUAUAGCAUGUGUUGUGCUGUGUGUUUAAACACAUUUAAAAAUUCAUGUAUAGAUUUAUCAGUCAGUUUGGAAAGCAGAUGAAUUCCAGAAUCCUGAGAAAGUUAUCGUAGGGUACCCUUGGUUAGGUGCACAGUGAAGGGCAAACGAUAGCUGGCGUUUGACAUUACCCAACAUUGUUGGAGGCUUCUUUUCCUAAGUAAGUAAAUAAAUAAAUAAAAAUCAAGGUUUACUCCUCACAACAUAUUUUAGUCUGUAGUCUAGGGGUGACCCUUCGGUGAGGAAACUCCUCCACAACAUUCCAUUUUGUUGUUUCCAGGAACACAAAAGUUAAAACUAUAUAGUCCAUGUAGAUUCAACGUAUUCCUUUAAACCAGAAGACAGCCAGUGCUGCUGUUCAGGCUCUUUAAAGCUUAUAUAGGAUACAAGUAAACUCAAGGAAUUCACCGUACUGCCAGUGAACUGCCAGUGAUAGUUUCCCUUAAAUAAAGAGAUGACACUUUUACUAUAAGAUUUUUGCUGCUAUUUAUCAUGGAAGACAAAACACCGAAGAAAUUCAGUUUGCAGGUGGUGGUCAAAAUACUAACUGGAACAGAUGGGCCAAUUAAAUCUACAAGAGACUGAACUAUCCCUCGUGCUUAACACUCAGGGUCAGCAAGAAACAUGCGUCUCUCUACAAGCAGGUACUUUAGCAACGUGUGACUCUUGAGUAUGAUAAUCUAUCGUAAUCGCUAACGGAAGCAAUCAGGUGCACGUAAAGAGGCUGGGGAUCAGCUUCUGGUCACAAAAAACCGAGCAAGGAUAAUUCCACUACAAAUGACUAUUAGCUUUAGUGAAAAAGAAUGGUAAGUUAGACGGUGUAGAUGAACUUUACAAGGCGAGAGCUCCCUAAAGAACACCCAGCCUGGCGGAGGGCAGCAGGCUCCACCCACGUCUCUGCAGUUUUGGUCCGGCCUCGGACUAACUACACCCCAGCAGCGGGAAACUUUCGCGUGUGCGCAGUAGGCCUAUCCAGUGCCGCGUGGGAAAGGCGGGACUUUCCUAUCUCUUGCGUCACAUCCACUGCGACGCAAGACGUCACCGGCUUGACUGGGAAGGUCAAUCGCGGCUGCAGGCAGGCGCGCAUGCGCUUUAUGCCCGCUGUUGCUGGCGCGUGCGCGUAUCAGCCUUGGCUGGCUGGUGUAUGUCCGCUGGAUUGUGAGGCCCGGGAUCUGGGCUCCGCCGUGGUGCAGAAAUGCUGUGCCGGCUCGGCGGUCGGUGGCUGCGGCCGCUCCCUGCCCUGCAGCUUUGGGCUAGGGACCUGCCGCUUGCGCCGGUUCCUACGAGCGGCGCCAAGCGCCCCACUCUCCCAGUGUGGGCAGUGGCACCAGUCUCGGCAGUACAUGCGAACGGCUGGUACGAGGCCCUGGCCGCGUCUUCGCCGGUGCGGGUUGCGGAGGAAGUACUGCUCGGCGUGCACGCCGCCACGGGCCUGCCCUGGUGGGGCAGCAUUCUGCUCUCCACCGUGGCCUUACGGGGUGCUGUCACGCUGCCUUUGGCAGCCUACCAGCACUACAUCCUGGCCAAGGCUCACUUAUCUAAAGAAUAUGAGGAGGCUAAUUUCAGAGCUAUAUGUGCGAGAUAACUGCCACCCUUUCAAAGCCACUGUGUUGGUUUGGAUUCAGCUUCCAAUGUGGAUCUUCAUGUCUUUUGCUCUCCGGAAUUUAAGCACGGGGGCAGCACAUUCAGAAGGUUUUUCUGUUCAGGAACAGUUAGCUACUGGUGGAAUUCUGUGGUUUCCUGACCUCACUGCACCAGACUCCACUUGGAUUCUGCCUAUCUCUGUUGGCGUCAUCAAUUUGUUAAUAGUGGAGAUUUGUGCUCUACAAAAAAUUGGAAUGUCUCGUUUUCAGACGUAUAUUACAUACUUUGUCCGUGCAAUGUCGGUGUUGAUGAUACCAAUUGCUGCAACGGUACCCUCAUCAAUUGUUCUCUACUGGUUAUGCUCCAGCUUCGUGGGCCUUUCACAGAAUUUGCUGCUGCGUUCUCCUGGAUUUCGCCAACUUUGCCGAAUACCAUCGACCAAGUCAGAUUCAGAAACUCCUUAUAAAGACAUAUUUGCUGCCUUUAAUACCAAGUUUAUUUCAAGAAAAUGACAUAUUUUCCAAUAAUUUUGAAACAGUUGCAGGAGUCACUAUCAUUUUAAUGUAUUUAGACUUAGAAAUUCAGAUGUUACUUGAUUUCCUUUUAUUUAAAAUCAUUAACUUCAUGAAAUAUUGUAGGUUAAGAUGUAAUCCAGACCAGGCACAGUGGCUCAUGCCUGUAAUCCCAGCACUUUGGGAGGUCGAGGUGGGUGGAUCACCUGAGGUCUGGAGUUUGAGACCAGCCUGGCCAACAUGGUGAAACCCUGUCUGUACUAAAAUAACAAAAAAAUUAGCUGGGCUUAGUGGCAGGUGCCUGUAAUCCCAGCUACUUGGGAGGCUGAGGCAGGAGAAUCGCUUGAACCUGGAAUACAGAGGUUUCAGUGAGCUGAGAUCACCCCAUUGCACUCCAGCCUGGACAACAAGAGUGAAACGCUAUCAAAGAAAAAAAAAAAGAUGUAAUCCAGAUAUAUUUGACAGUAAUUAAAAUCUUUUAAAUGUUAUAAAUGCAGUAUGUUUGUGAAAGUAUUAGAAUAGAACCAAAGUGCCUGUCUCUGUUUAUAAAGUUACAAUUUGUUAGAGCUACCAGAACUUUGGAGAAUAGGGUUAGCUACUGAAUGAUGGCAAAUUAAACUAAACAAUACUGCAUAUUACUGUUUUGUAAAAUAAGAGGAUCAGUGAGAUGAUUCAUGUUUUUUUUUUUGAGAUGGAGUCUCACUGUGUCACCCAGGCUGGAGUGCAGUGGCGCAAUCUCAGCUCACUGCAACCUCCAUCUCCCGGAUUCCAGUGAUUUUCCUGCCUCAGCCUCCAAGUAUCUGGGAUUGCAGGUGCACACCACCACACCCAGCUAAUUUUUGUAUUUUUAGUAGAGAUGGGGUUUCACCAUGUUGGGCAGGCUGGUCUGGAACUGCUGACCUCAACUAAUCCACCCGCCUUGGCCUCCCAUAGUGCUGGGAUUACAGGCAUGAGCCACCUCACCCAGCAUUUUUUUUUUUUUUUUUAAUUUUUUUAAUGAGACAGAGUCUCUCUCUGUCACCUAGGCUGGAGUGCAGUGGCACGAUCUCGGCUCACUGCAACCUCUGCCUCCCGUGUUCAAGCAAUUCUCCUACCUCAGCCUACUGGGUAGCUGGGACUGCAGGGGUGCACCACCAUGCCCAGCUAAGUUUUGUAUUUUUAGUAGAGAUGGGAUUUCACCAUGUUGGCUAGGCUGGUCUUGAACUCCUGGCCUCAAGUGAUCUGCCCACCUUGGCCUCCCAAAGUGCUGGGAUUACAGGCGUGAGCCACUGUGCCCAGCUGAGAUGUUUCUUAUUAUUUUGGAGGUGGAGAGGAUUUUAGACCUCUUUGAGCAUCUGAAAAAAGGCUAUAUAUGUAUGGUUUUCUCUUCAGAAAAAUCUUAAGACUCACAAUAUGGGGACUUCCUUGUUACCAGGAAGAUUUUCUGGCAAUUCCUAGUUAAUAAAUCUUAUUCUAAUGGAACGUACAUUGAUCUUGAGUUAAUGCUUGGUUGAAAAAGAAAAGCGGGGGCAACUUGAAAUAUAUGCAGUAAAGUAGUCCAUGCAUACAAGUCCCUAACAUGGUAGAUGAUGUUGCCUCCCGGCCCUGCUCAGAAAGAAUACAAAAAGUGUACAUUCCUUUUUCUAUAAUUUAAGAAGUCUGGAAUACAGAGUGUAACACUGUGUACUGCUAGCACCCAAAGUGGAAAAUCUUAAGCAUUCAGAUUGUUUAGUCAAAGAAGAAAACCAGAAGGGCAGUUGCCUAUUGAGGUGAUUUUAAACCUGUUUAUUUGUAAGGAUUAAGUACCCUAAUAGGCUUAAACUAUGAUAGAGGUUUAAUACAGAAAAAAUUGACAGGUAUUAUAAAUUGUGGAUCCAGUUACUUGCUUAUUUAAUUUGUAAAGAGGUAAAAUUAGCUCUGGUUGAGAUAUCAAGUAUGGCAGGUAUUUGAGAAGGCUAUAAAUCAUAAUUUUCAUUUAGUUAAAAUAUGGACCUGAUUCUGGGAAACCCUAUCAUUCCAUCUCAAUGUUUUACAAUAAAAUAAAAACUAAAGUGAAAUUCAUUAGU